CCAUCAUCAGCCUUUCAUAUAUCUGGCAACGGAACCGGUCGAUACUAAUAGGAAGAAAGACAAAAUUUUUAAUAUUCUGCCCCAGAUGGCGUUAUGAUAUGCAAAACACCGAAGGCAAUGUCAACGCCGCACGCCGUCAAAUUUGCCAACAUUCAUCCUCCGCGAUUUUCAUCAGAAUUUUAACACAACGCUGAAAAUUACAUAAAAAGGUGAAUUUCUCUCUUGAUUUUGACCUGUCAAUUUUUGAAAGGAGGCGGUGAACAUAUUGGCAGGUGCUCGAACUCCCGUUCACUUCGAGAGGUCAGACAGAAAGACAUCUCUCGACAUCACGAAUCGACACUAGACACAGCCAAAUUCAACCUUCUCAAUGACUCGGACAGAGACAGACCCUUCCACCGUUCCAACAGGAUGGAGGACGCAUUAUCCUGGUAAGAUCGUAUGGUCAUUCUUGUGUGCCAUAUCUGCAUUGAUCUAUCUUAUCGCGAUGCUGUUCAUUAACAUCAUACCAAGUUGGCGCUCAAAUCGACACUGGUCAUAUACACAAGCUUUUUUAGGUUCUAUAAUCAAAUUUGUCUCAACCAUCAUCACUCACCUCAGGAUCGUCGAUUCGCUUGAUCUGAAUCCAGGUAAGCUUGGGGAUAGAUUCAUCGUGAUCCAGCCUGCUCCUUUGAUGGUGUAUACCGAGCACUUGAAAAGCGAAAGUGUCACGCCAAAGCCGAUCGGUGCAACGUGGUACCCAUCUGUCCCAAGCAAAGAAGAGUUAGAAGGGUCAAAGAUUGUUCUAUGGUUCCAUUCUGGGUCUUUUAUCUAUUUGACAGGAAGACCUUCCGACAGUGACAAACCUGCUCGAUCACUCAAUUCUUGCCUUGGACCGAAAACUUUCUCUCUUUGGGUACAGUAUCGUCUGGCUGAAUGCAAGAAUGACCCUACACCUUUUCCUGGUCCAAUGCAAGAUGCUUUGACAUCCUAUUUAUACCUCACCCAAGAGCUCUCAAUCGAUCCAUGCAAAAUAAUUGUUGGAGGUGACUCAUCGGGUGCAACAAUGGCCAUUGGAUUGGUACGUUAUCUGCAAGUGUACCGUAACGACAAAGCAAAGAUGGAGCUACCGUAUCAGUUUCCCACUCUGCCACAUGCCUGUAUCAUGCUCUCGCCCAGCGUUGAUUAUUGUACAGAAGCAGAUGUCGAGGAGCUGUCUACACAUAGGAACGUCAAGUUGGAUUAUCUGGUACCGCAGAUGCUAGCUUGGGGAUCACAUGCUUUUGCACCACCUCCAAUCGAUCUUGAUUCGCCUUAUAUCUCACCAGUACGAUACCCAUUCUCAACCACAGUGCCUAUAUAUGUGCAAUCGGGAGGAGCAGAAAUCUUGUGUGAUACGAUCAGAUCAUUCGUUAAAAUAAUGCAAGAUAUCAAAGGAAACAAGUUGGAGUAUUUUGAAAUGCCUCAUGCUCCACAUGAUGUUUUUGCUAUUGGAUACUAUGCAGGAUGGAAAAAGGAAGCGUUGAUGAUUUGCGAAGAAGUGGCUGGAUUUAUCUCACGUUUGAAUGAACAACAUCCUGUUCGUAGAUCUAUCACUUCGUUACCUGCCGAUCCCAUACCUGAAGAUGAUCGGGAGCAAUUAAUUGAUCCCAAAGAUGUCAUUCUGGUUGAUACAUAAAGUUCCGACAAUCUCAUUGUACAAUAUAUCGAUAUAGAAACUAUCUUAGACAUUCAAAGAUUUGAGCCAUUUUAGAACAGCCUCAUUGAAAGCAUCCGAUUCGUGAAGCAAUCCCCAAUGUCCACCUGAUAAGAUUGUAUUUGUAU